ACUAUGUAAAACUACACAGUCCUUUUAUUCCUAUUUUCAUCUUAUAUAACCCUCACAUAAGCCUGAACAGGUCUCCAGUCUAUCUGAGGGCUGACACAGAGAGACAGACAAAGAUUCGCUCUUACACUCACACCUAUAGAAUCACCAGUUAACCCAAUGAGCAUGUCUUUGGAUGGUGGGAGGAAGCUGGAAUUUCCGGGAACCCACGCAGAACAUGCAAACUUUACACAGAACGGCCCCAGUUGGAAUCUUGCUGUGAGGCAUCAGCAUUGUUGUGUCUUGCCGUAACGCAACAUGUGAUGAUUAUUGAUUGAUUUCUUGGCGAGUGCGCAAGCAGGUGGAAGAUCUAGUCAGUAACGAUAAAGAUUUAAGACAAGGAGAUUUAUGAAAGCUGUCAAAUAUUUAGAACAAUGAUGUUUUCAUGCCAAUAAAAAAAGAAGAAGAAGAAGAAGAAAAUGAGUUGUGGUUCAGUUUGGGUCGAUUUCCACCUUAACACAACAGACUCACUGAACUGGAACAUCAGGCUGUCAGCUGACCGACUGACCUGCAGGUAGCUCCAGCUCUGGACCUCGAUUUCACCUCUGGUGCAAUGACGAGAAGCAGCUUGGGUCUGAACAGCCGCAACCUGUGACACAGCCCAUUUAGAAUCACCAAUGAACCUAAUGAGCAUGUCUUUGGACGGUGGGAGGAAACAGGAGUACCUGGAGAGAACCCACCCAGACACAAGAAAGCAGCCAUGGGAAACGCCAGCGGGUCGUCUAUGGAGGAGCUACAGGCCUGUGAGAGUCAUCGCUGGUACAGGAAAUUCAUGACAGAGUGUCCGUCGGGGCUCCUCACCUACUACGAGUUCAAGAAGUUUUUUGGUUUGAGCAAUCUGACGGAGACGUCAGACAACUACAUCAGGACUAUGUUCACAACGUUUGACAUGAAUGAUGACGGCUACAUUGAUUUCAUGGAGUACGUAGCUGCUCUGAGCCUGGUGCUGAAGGGAGGAGUGCAGCAGAAGCUUCGCUGGUACUUCAAGCUGUAUGAUGUGGAUGGGAGUGGCUGCAUCGACCGUGACGAGCUGCUACUUAUAAUCAAGUCCAUUCGAGCAAUCAAUGGAAUUUCUUAUGAGAUGACGGCAGAGGACUUUACCAACAUGGUGUUUGACAAGAUUGAUGUCAAUGGAGAUGGUGAACUGUCCUAUGAGGAGUUCAUGGAGGGAAUUCAGAAUGAUGAAAUGCUGCUGGAGACGCUGACCGAGAGUUUGGACCUUUCACACAUUGUCCAAAAAAUUGAAGUGGAGAUAAGGAGCGGUGUAUGAUCCAUGAACCCUCCUAAUUAUAUAGAACUGUGCCACGGCUGAGAGGGUGAAUGUGUGGACUCGUGCUAAUCAGCAGAUCAUCACUGGGACAAACAAAGACUAUUCACCUUCCUUGAAGAUUCACUGACUGGACACCAAUUUUAAGAGGACCCAAACAUCUUUAUAUCUUUGAAACUGGACCUAAAACAUUCAUUACAGAAAUGCUGCUGCAGACAUGUCCUGUUGUCACUUCAGUGUGGUAUAGUCUCAGCAUUCAGAUGCAUCGUUACUGACUCCAGCUGGAAUGAAGCGCUGCAUGAUUACUCUCCAGAGUCCUUUAUGUGCCACUAACUUGAUAUUGUAUGUUGAAUUAUAUGUACAUAUAUAUGUUGAGUUAUAUAUGUUAUGUAUAAAGAAUCACUAAUAGAAUUUAAAGAGCCCUUCAGUUCAUUCAUUUUAUAACCUAAUAUUUACUUUCUACUAAACUAUGAGAGUAACGGACGUGUAGUCUUUUUGUUUUUAUGUUUUUUAUAAAGCCUACACAUCAGAUUUAUAUUAUAAUUUAAAUAGACGUUGAGAUGUGGCAUACUGUAGGAAAACUGUAGUCGUACAGAUUUUCAAAUAAAAAACAACAAUA